GUGAAGCUUAUAUGUUUACUAUGCUGAUAAAUCCGUUUUAUUAAAGCAAUUACAAAUGGAAACUAAGUACUUAUCAAUGUAAACUGGGCAAAAGCGCCAUUAACACGGAUAUAUAAAAGCUUCGUAACUGUUAGUUAACGUUAGCUCACCGGCUGUUGAUACUGUUGCAGAGCUCAGGUUAUGUCAGGUUGCAGACAGAGUGGACACUACACUGCGCAGUUUGAGAAAGAAAGUCUAAGCUAACAUUCAGUUGAAUACUUUAUCAGCUGGUGCUCUGCUGACUCCUCCACCUCAGACUGCAAGCCUUGAGCCAUGUCAGUGAGCUCACUUCUGCUGAACCGCCGUGCAGCUGUGGGCUGCUGCAGGGUGUUGUGUGGUGCUUCUCAACCACUUGUCCACAUUAGAUUGGCCAGUGUAGCUGAUCCAGGCACAAGAAGAUCCGAAGAAGAACAACUAUGGGAGGCAGCAGGCUCUCUGCCGUUCUCCAGAGCCAAGAUAGGAUCUUUCUUUCAGGAGAGGCCAGUGCUGAAGAACCCAUUUCUAGAGGAUGCCUUGCUCAGGGGAUACCUGAGGAGACACCUCCCCCAGGAGGCAGCUUUCUCAGACCUGUGUGCAUUUGGAGAGCGAGUGGCAAAUGAGGUGGACGAGUGGGGCCGAGAGUGUGAGGUUUCUCCUCCACGGUUGGUGCAGUUUGACCCCUGGGGUCGCAGAGUGGACCACAUUGUGACCUCCCCAGCUUGGAAACGUAUGAAAGACCUGUCAGCACAGGAAGGACUGGUUGCCAUUGGCUAUGAAAAGUCAUUUAGAGAGUGGAGUCGUGUGUACCAAAUGAGCAAGCUGUACAUCUUCUCCCCCUCCUCUGGGCUCUACACCUGUCCUCUGGCUAUGACCGAUGGAGCUGCUAAAGUCAUCCAGUCCACAGGUGUUUCGUGGCCAGUAGAUGAAGCCUACAGUUGUUUGACCACCCGUCAGCCUGAACGUUUCUGGACGUCUGGACAGUGGAUGACAGAGAGACAGGGAGGAUCUGAUGUAGCCAGCGGAACAGAGACGGUGGCUGUUCCCCAGACAGAUGGUUCAUACAAACUACACGGCUUCAAGUGGUUCACCUCAGCUACAGACGCAGACAUGACUCUCACGCUGGCCAGAGUGCAGGACAGAAUAGGAGCAAUCACACCGGGCAGCAGAGGUUUGUCUUUGUUUUACGCAGAGGUGAGUAGAGACGAGGAUGGCCGGCUGAAAGGUAUUGAGGUUCAGAGACUGAAGGACAAGCUGGGCACAAGACAGAUGCCGACUGCUGAGCUGCUGCUGGACGGCUUGCCGGCACACAGGCUCUCAGAGGAAGGUAGAGGUGUGGCCUCCAUAGCGAACAUGUUGACAAUAACCCGGAUCCACAACAGCAUCUCUGCUGCAGCUGCAAUGAGAAGGGUGGUCCAGUUAGCUCGUGACUAUGCCACCCGCCGCACUGCCUUUGGAAAGCUUCUUAAAGACCACCCGCUGCACAUGCAGACUCUGGCCAGGAUGGAGGUGGAGACUCGUGGAGCGUUCCUCCUGGUGAUGGAUGUGUGUCGUCUGUUGGGCCGAGAGGAAAGCGGCAUGGCGACGCAGCUUGAUGCACACCUGCUGCGUCUGCUCACUCCUGUGGUCAAACUGUACACUGGGAAGCAGGCUGUGGCUGUGGUGUCGGAGGGUUUGGAAAGCUUCGGUGGACAGGGCUACAUCGAGGAUACCGGGUUGCCUGGUCUACUUCGUGAUGCACAGGUGUUGAGUAUAUGGGAAGGUACCACAAAUGUUCUGUCACUGGAUGUGCUGCGCUGUGUGGCACGUAGCUCAGGAAUGGUUCUUCACGCAUACUUCAGCCAUGUGAAGUCCCUGCUUGCAGGUGCAUCAAGUGUUUCCUCGUUGGCCCCGGCGGUGAAAGCAGUAAAUGGUGCUCUCUCUGAGCUGGAGGACUUUAUUCAGUUAGCAGCUACAAAAUCACCUAGUUACCUGGAACUAGCAGCGAGAGACCUGGCAUACAGCCUGGCUCGCAUUUACACAGGUGCCCUCCUCAUCGACCAUGCAUGUUGGAAAGGAUCCUCUUCAUCUGACACCUAUGCAGCUCUCAGGUGGUGUGAACAAGACUUGUGUCCUGUGGCAACUAAACAGGCGAGGGGCUGCUAUGAACCCAGCACAGCACCACUUGAUGCUGCGCUGGUGUAUGACCGACCUAUCCAAGACUGAACUGUUCAUAACGGAGAUGACUAAGACUGUUUUAUAAAAAGUGAAACAUAGAAAUCAAACUGCAAAUCGAGUUUCUAAUACAAUGUAGUUCCGUCAAUGUGAAGCAUUCAUGUAAUAUGGUAUUUAUUAUAUUUCUAAGUCCACAAUCAAUCAGUAGUUUUGUCUGCAAUAAAUAUGAAACUAUAGAUGCACAAUUUUUGUAGCAUUAUAGUGAUUUUUUUAGAGGCCUGGAUGAGUGAAAAAAAAGUGAAGUGGAUAAAUAAAACAUCAACCUAGGCUUUUUACAUUCACAGCCAUGAAUACUACAAACCACAACAGAUAUACAAACCACAUAAUCACUGGUGCAUAAAUAGUGUUGGGAAGGUUACUUUUGAAAUGUAAGGUAUAAAUGCUAAUAAAUGUAUGUAAAUGUAAUCACUAGUUACCCUGUUCAAAAUGUAUAAAGUAAUGUCACUAUUUUAAUAACUUUCUCAAAGUGAUGUAACUUAUCUCUCAUUUGAUUACUUUUCUAACAAGAGCGAUAAAGCUGAAAAAAUGCCCUGAAAAAGGUCAUGUCAAAAGACGGCAUUCCUGCACAGCGAAAAGAUGCAAAGCAACAGAAUGAAUGUUAUAUUCUACAUAUAAACUUUUACCGAAAAAAUUAUAUUCCAAUGUAACCCCUUUGUAGUUGGCAACAUUUUGAUUAGUAACUGUAAUUUCAUUUCUUUCUUUUUUCUGCAGUAUCUGUAAUUUAUUUCAUCUAUUUUGUAAUUUAGUUACAUGUAACUAGUUACAUUUAACUUGUGUGAAGUCUACAUGAUACUUAGCACAACAAGUCAGAGGCAUUUGGAGCAGGAGGGGCUGAGUACAUGCAGCCUUCCUGGCUGUGGGAGAAAAUGCAUGCAUAAGCUCCAAACUGUGAAAAACGUGAACUUUGCAGUUUCGCUUAAUUUUUACAAUUCUGUUGAACUGUACUUUUUAUUUUUUUAUUAAUUAUUUUGUGCCUUCACUCAGUUUUAUUGCGCCAAACUGUAUAUCUGAAUUGAGUGAGUGCCAAGUAUGCUAACGAUACUACUAAAUGAUUAAAUGGUGUACAGCAUUUGUUCGAAAAUAAAUUAAUAAAGAAUGUGUACGCCCACUUAAAGUUUU